UGGAAGGGUCUGCUUUCGGGGUCGCGGCCUUGCCAUGGGGCUAGGAGGUCUUGAACGAGAUCCACUAAUCGCCUUCAUGGAGAGGCGGCCCUCCUGCGCUUAUUCCUGCUCCUACUUCUCAGACUGCUGAAGCGUCUUCCACGCUUUCUCCCCCGUCCAGGCCAUGCUGCCAGCCUGGCUGAGCCGGGGGUCUUGGGGGGUGCUCCAGGGCGCUGGCCGCAGCCUGUCGCUCUCCCCCCGGGCCCGCAGCCCAGUGUCUCUGGAGCGGGGAACCGUAAUGGGGGUGGGGAUAAAGCUCGAGCUAGAACCCUCCGAAGAGUCGGUGGCGGCUACCCGGCGGUGGUCGAGGGCGGGCGGGCUAGAAGAAUUCCUAGCGGGCGCGGGAAGGCGGCCCCGGCCCUCCCUGAGCCCGAGUCCCAUCGCCGCCGCCUCCUGCGGUGGAUGGGGCCUUCUGCCCACCCACUGGGGGCUAUUCCCGCCCGCUCCCGGCAGCCCGCGUCCCCGGACUGGAGCCGCUGCCUGCCUACGAUUGGCAGGAUCCUGCCGAAGGGGACACAGCUCUGGAGGAGGAGGGAAGGGGGUCCCGGAACAAACGCCAGAAGCUGCAGGUGCGAAAGGAGGCUUGAACUCGGAGUGGAACGUGCGCCCCUCCAAUCUGUAUGAAAACCCAUGGACAAUCCCAAAUUUAUUGUCAAUGACAAGAAUUGCCUUGGCCCCAGUUUUGGGUUAUUUGAUUAUUGAAGAAGAUUUUAAUGUUGCACUAGGAGUUUUUGCUUUAGCUGGACUAACUGAUUUGUUGGAUGGAUUUAUUGCUAGAAAUUGGGCCAACCAGAAAUCAGCAUUGGGAAGUGCUCUUGAUCCACUUGCUGAUAAAAUACUCAUCAGUGUCCUAUAUAUUAGCUUGACAUAUGCAAAUCUUAUUCCAGUUUCACUUACUUACAUGAUUAUUUCAAGAGAUAUAGUGUUAAUUGCUGCCGUUUUUUACGUCAGAUACAGAACUCUCCCAUCACCACGAACACUUGCUAGAUAUUUCAAUCCUUGCUAUGCCACUGCUAGGUUAAAGCCAACAUUCAUCAGUAAGGUGAACACAGCAGUUCAGUUAAUUUUAGUGGCAGCUUCUUUGGCGGCUCCAGUUUUCAAUUAUACUGAGAGCAUUUAUCUUCAGACACUUUGGUGUUUAACAGCUUUCACCACAACUGCAUCAGCCUACAGUUAUUAUCAUUAUGGCCGGAAAACAGUCCAGGUGAUAAAAGGCAAAUGAACGUCAUCCAUCAUUAUUAGCUGGGAAGCAUUAAAACAUCUACAUCAGAACCAGCUGGUAAUCUACAGGAGUCUUCCCUUUUUUUGUUAAUUUGGAAAAGACUUAUCAAAACAUAAACCAUGUUAGUGUCAUCCCAAUUGAAGUCAAGUGCAUUGAAAUUAAGCUUAAAUCAUGUACUGUACAUAAUGUGGAAUUUUCCAGUGUAUUUUUAAAUAAAAAUAUAAUAUGGAAUUUUUUAUCUUAAAUUUCUUAAAGUAAUUUAUAAUUCACCAAUUAUUGUUAGUCAAUUUUGAAUUUUUUUUAAAGAAUUAUUUCCUGAAAAUGUAUUCUAUAUCCAGGUUCCCUUCUAUAUUAAAUAAAAUUUUUAUUGUUAUAAGAAAGCAUUAUAUAUAUUACUAGGUUAGUGAAAGAGAAGGCAAUUGGAUCAAAUGUGAUCUCAUGUACAAGUUAGGUAAAUAAUUUUAUUUUUCAAAUCUCUGGCCUAUCACAGUUGAUAUGGAAAUGUUUUUUAUUAGUUUAGACUGGUAAUAUGUAUGACAAGCUAAGUUAUAAAGAGAAAGGCUUAAAAUGCAAUGUAUUUUGAAAUGAAAUCAAAACAUAUACCAGAGUACCAAGGUUUAUGUUCAGUUAAGUCUUCCAAAAUCUUUGAUACCUCAUAGGUUUGUUAUGUUAGGAUAAUGAGUCACAUAAAAGUUAUGGCUUAACAUAGGGAAGACUAUCUAUUACUCUUUGCUACCUAAGGAUCAAUGAUUACUUUUUGACUUUGCACUAUGUUCAUAAAAUAGACAAGUUUUCAUAAUAUUA